AGGGCAGGAAACAAGAGUUAUAUUUUUUCUAUAAGUGAUUGGUCAUAACGGUUCUCUUACCUGUCCGGCGACCGACCGCUAGGGGGCGGCCUACUUUUGGACCGGCGGGUAAUGAAAGGUAGGUAGUCAGAUGGAUAGUAUGCACAAGUACAGGUGUGUCCGUCCCGACCGGCGGACCCUAAUGUGCAUGUGGACACUGGUCAUUUCUAUUAUGUGUGGGAGUUUUAUUCUUUGCGCCACUUCUCAGUGGCAGAGGUGUAAAUAAAAAGUUAUUCAACAGAGGAUUAUUAUCGUUGUUAAUAUGGACCUCACAUGGGAGAAGGUGUAUCGUUGUAGUGCGUACUUUUGAAGGAAUGUCCAGUACUGAGUGUACAAAUUUAGCAUCUUUAGUUGUGAACGGUGGAGUACCUUUCAAAAAUCUCAUGAUGACGACGGAUAUGGUGGAAUUCCAGGAUAUGUGGCAGGACAUUGAAAGUGUUCUCUUAGGAGACCUUCAUCCCCAGGAGCACCAAAUGAAAGUGUCCAUGAAUGCAAUGAAAUUCCAUCCGCCCAAUAACCAGCUAUCCAUGUUGGACAAUGUCCAGAAACGAAUUACGUCACCCUCUCUCAAUCCUCUUCCGGAAGACAACAAUUCCUCCGGAAGGUAUGAGGAUAUCGGUGCUUACAUGGACUUCGUACUCUGUGGUUCCUCCAGCAAUAACGCGCAAUCGACUGUGAUUUACGACGACAACGUCGACUUCGACGAAAGUGUAAAGCAAGAAAUUAAUAAUAGUUUGACUGUGAAUGAAACUGAUUCGCCAAUGGAGCCGAUUUUGCCUAAUCUAGAACCCAUGGAACAGAGCAAGGAAAGGUUCUCCCAACUAAGUAACUGUAUUCCACAGCAACUUACCCAACACCAACCUCCCACAAAUCAUAUAGUAUCUCCUUACACGUCAACACUGAACCCCAACAUGUGGGUGACAUACAAUACAAGCGCCAAUGCUGUGAUUGCGAGUCAAAUGUCACCCCCUGCGUCGCCCGAGCGGACGGGUCAGCAGUUGGUCAUGAAAUCUACCAAUGGCCUGCUGAUGGACAACUUUGUACCGCCGCCGAACCUCAUAAACCCAGUCCAAACGCAGUUUGGGCCUCCAUUGGUGUCCCAUCCCGGUCAGCACCAGCAACCUCAACAGCCACAUCUGAGGAUGGUGACGCCGCCAUCUUCGCCCCAUUUAGCGGAGUUACUCAACAACAAUCGUGCCACCACUGCGGUUCCCACUGGUUUCACAGCGACGCAUCAGACUGUAUUUGCUAGUAUGCCCGAAAUGCGAGAUCAGCAGUCGCAGCAACAGCCGGGGAGCAUGGUGGCCAAACCCAAGAGGGGCAGAAGAGGUUUCGGCAGAAAGAAGAUAACGACGCACACUUGCUCGCAUCCAGGUUGUUCAAAGACUUAUACUAAAAGUUCGCACCUCAAAGCCCAUUUGCGCACUCACACAGGUGAGAAACCUUAUCAGUGCAACUGGAAAGGUUGCGGGUGGAAGUUUGCUCGAUCGGAUGAACUUACACGACAUUACAGAAAACACACUGGUGACCGUCCUUUCCAGUGCAGACUAUGUGAGAGAGCAUUUUCUCGCUCUGACCAUCUCUCUUUACACAUGAAGAGGCACACAGCUGUAUAAAUUCCAUUACACAUGAAUCUCUCCCAAUACUUAAGGCUGUUUUUUUAAAAGCAUUUCUUCUUUUUUUUUAAUUGUUCGUUAACAGUUAUGAAUUGCUGUUAGGUUUUGUCCACUUCCAACGAAAGAAUCUUUUACAGUUAAGUAAAAUGGUGCAAAACUUUAAUUUAAAGAAAAUUCAGUUUCUUCUAAUUGAAAAUGGCCCAAAAUUUCUAUUAAAAAAAAACAAUGUCUUAAAAAACAAAGUAUUCGCGUUCUAAUUUUCUAAUAUUUUCGAAAUUGCUCCGUUACUGCUGAGUUCGUAACAGUUAAGAAUUUCUGUUAUGUUUUGUUCUCUUCUAAACUUUUCGAAGAAUCGAAAGAAUCUUUUACAGUUAAUGAAAAUGGUGCAAAACUUUAAUUUGAAGACAAUUCAGUUUUUAAUUGAAAAUUGCCCAAAAUUUCAAUUGAAAAAUGCAAAGCAUUUGCGUUCUAAUUUUCUAAUAUUUUCGCGAAAUUACUCUGUUACUGCAAAGUUUAUUACUUUUGUCUUUUAAUAGUUGAGUUGACUCUUUUAUACAAAUAGAAUUCGUGGAAUAAAAGUAAUGCUUUAAUUCGAUUUUCAUGAGCUCUAAUUUUGACAUUUAUUUGCCGUGGUGAAACUGCUUUCUAAAAACAGCCUUAAUUUAAGCCCUAUACUCUUCAGCUCCUUGAUAACGCUAUUUCUCUUAGCUAUUUAUUUAAUGUUUUCGAUUAAAUAUUUUUUUUGGGUAAAGACUGUUAGUUAAUGAAAUACCUUUUAAAAUCAUAUUUUAAUAAUUAAUAAAAACCGAAUGUCUCAUAAAAUCAUAUUUUUAAUAGAAAGCAGAAAAAUAAAAGUACUACACAAUAAUAUUUGUAAUAAAAUGAGAAAUUUUAAAUUCCGGUUGAAAUAUGUGUUUAAGGCUAAUAUGAUACUAAUUUGAAAGAAAAAAGUAUUUGUAAUUAUCAGUUCCUUGAAUAUUUUUUAAAAAUCAAAUUUAGCCAAACGUUAGUGCUGGUGAUUUAGUGUCAUAUAUAGAUAAAAAAAAUAUUAUAAAAAUAUCAUAAUUUUCAUUUGGUUUAAGUUUUUCACAGCUUUUUUCUUAAAUUAUUUUACGCUGCACUCACGCUACUGUAACCAUAUUAAUUUUAUUUCUGUUUGAAUGCAAGGCUCAUUUGAAUAAAUUGCGUUUUUGAAAUUUAGACUAUUUUCACAUUUUUUAUUGCAUUACCAAAAAAACUAUUUAAAUUUAUCAUACAGUUUAACCCCCGAUAAGAAAUGAUAUAGUACAUUAUUUUUUUUAUUUUAAUUAAAAAUAUAUUUAUUUUAAGUUAAAGAGGAUUCAUUUCGCAUUUUUAAUCUUUAUUGAAGAUGUUUUUUUUUGCAUGAGUAUGUAUUAAAAGUUCAGGUAUAUUUCAUGAAGCAUUAAAAAAAUUUAAAAUAAAUUUAACUAAUUUUUGAUAUAAUCGAAAACAUGUUUUAUUAAACAAAUGUAAAUUUAUUACAAAGAAAACUAUACUUAAAUAAUAUUAUUCAU